AUGUCUAAAUGUCUUUCCAAGCAGUUUUACAUGGAAAAUGCACAAAAUUCGCAUUUUGAGACUCUAAUCACCUCAACUCCUCCUCAGUCGGCCACGUCUGUUCCCCAUCCAUCGCAUCCGGCACAAUCUCCGUCUCCAAUCCCUGUCUCUUCUCAUCCGCUUUCGCCAGAAUCUGUGGCUCCUGAGACUUCGCCGACGCCUUCAGCGGAUGCGGAUCAACCGCCGAUUCGAUAUGAGAUAUCUGAAAAUCGCCGAAUCCUGGGAGAUGCACGAGAUUGUUGGCACUCCACUCGGGUCCACGGAGGUAUCCUUGAGCUUUCAGAGUGCAAAAGUGUUCUUCUGAAUCUUCUGAAUCCCCAGUGGAAUCUCCAAUGGCCUCCAGAUUCUCCACAAGCAUAUAAGAAUGACGGGAUUGAAGUGUCAACGGCUUCUUUUUCGUCUCAUUCAGUGUUCUCAACAGUUGAAGAUUAUCGUUCACAGAGUCAGCUGGCAUGA